AUGCCCACUAUAAAAAAGAAGAAAGAGAUUGGCGAUUAUAUCUUGGGAAGAACGAUUGGUCGUGGAGCAUCGGGCAGAGUGAAGCUGGGUAUUCAUAAGCAGACAGGUGAAAAGGUCGCCAUCAAGUUAAUUUCGAGAAGUCAGUUAUUGGCUUCAUCCACUACAUCUAAAUCAGUACAAAGAGAACUAGCUGUUCUACAGCUAUUACAUCACCCUCACCUCGUUGAUUUACAUCAAGUCCUUCAAGACACAAGUUAUGUUUAUUUUGUAAUGGAGUAUUUAGAAGGUGGCGAACUAUUUCAUUAUUUGGCCGAAAGAGGAAGAUUGCAAGAAUCAGAGGCUAGAAUGUUAUUUGUUCAGUUAGUGACAGCAUUGAACUGGUGUCACGCCCAUCAUAUUAGUCACCGUGAUCUAAAGCCUGAGAAUCUCUUGCUGGAUAAAGAUAAGCAGACUCUAAAGAUAGCUGAUUUUGGAAUGGCUGCACUUCAACCCUUUAAUACAUUAUUAAAAACAAGCUGCGGAUCCCCUCACUAUGCAAGCCCUGAAAUUGUGAGAGGUAAACGAUACCAUGGUCCAGCAACAGAUGUGUGGUCCUGCGGAGUCAUUCUCUAUGCUAUGGUGACAGGUCACUUACCCUUUGAUGAUGAACACAUGGGCAGACUAUUAACAAAGAUAAAGACGGGAAGAUAUCGUAGUUUACCAGACUAUCUAUCGGUUGAUAUCAAGGAUCUCAUCAAACGUAUGCUCGUUGUUGACCCACAUCAUAGAAUGACCAUGCCGGAAAUCAUGGCUCACCCUUGGUUAACCAACAAAUCCUUUUUGGGAACAGAAUUGAGAUUUAUUCAUCCAAACAAAGAACAAUUCAAAUUAUACCCACUUAAUGAUCCCGAAUUACAAAAGCCAAUAUAUACCUCGGAACUAGAAGGUAGAAUUUGGGAGACAUUGAAGGUCCUGUGGAGAGAUAAGACAGAACAAGAGUUACUCGAUGCCUUAUCAUCAGAAAGGUAA